AGGAGAGAGUCAAAUAGCAACAGACCCAGGCCACGUGACGGCGCGCGCUCCCAUUAGGCCGGGGCUCCCUUCCAAUCAGCGCUGAGAGGUCGGAUUCAAAUUGGGUCGGGUGCAGUGUUUCCCUCACGGCAGUCGGUUAGUGACGACCUCUGGGGCCGGAGGGGGGAAUUUCGUUGUGGUCGCCGCCGCCGCCGCCAUUCCUCUCAUAAUGGCUCAUAAGCAGAUCUAUUAUUCGGAUAAAUACUUCGACGAGAACUACGAAUACCGGCAUGUGAUGCUGCCAAGAGAGCUCUCAAAGCAAGUACCAAAAACACAUCUAAUGACUGAAGAAGAAUGGAGAAGGCUUGGUGUUCAGCAGAGUCUUGGCUGGGUCCACUAUAUGAUUCAUGAACCAGAACCACAUAUCCUCCUUUUUAGAAGACCACUUCCAAAAGGCCAACAAAAAUAACUUCUCUAAAUUUCUGAAAUUUUAUGUACAAAUGUAUAUAUGUUGGUAGUAUUCAGUGAAUACUUGAGAAAAAUGUACAAAUAAGUCAUUACCUGUGCAUGAGCUGUAUUAUUCACAGCAACAGAGCUCAGUAAAAUGCAAAGUUAAGUUGGCUGCUAUGAUCUUGGACUCUCAUUGUUAACAAGUGCCUAUUUGCUCUUGUCAAUUUUGUUCAAUAAAGUUUACAACUUACCUGUAAUAUGUUGAUUAUAAAAUCUUCAAUGAUCUUUGGUUUAUAUUAGCAAUGUGUAACUGUUAGAGC